CAAGUUUCAGUUUUUCAGUUUUAGAACGAAUAUCGAAAUCCAUUUUGAUUAUUCUUUGAUUUUCAAACCAAAAUACUGAAAUUUAGGAAUACCCGCACUUUAUUACCUAUCUUUUUAUUCACUCUCUCAUUUAAUCGUAUCCGUAUCAUUGGUAUUCUAAAAUAAUAAUUUCCUAAUUUGAAUUUAUCAACGAAACCGCGCUUGGGAGUUGGGUGUUGUCCGGCUUGACAAGUGUGACAACGGACGUAAUGAUCAAACAAUUUUAUUUGAUUUUCUAACUGGGAUUUGUGUUUUAUUUUCACACAAUUCGAUAUAAACAAAUAUGAAAUUAUGAUGAGCGUUUCAGUAUUUUAUUACUUACCUUUACUUUUCUUCAGCGUAACCAAUAUUAAAGCAGAUUUUGCGAGGUAUUACGACAGUUAUGAAUGUAACGAGGCCUUGGUAGAGGGUGCUAAGCUCACUGCUACUUCAAGCUUAAGGGAAAGAGGUCCAGAGAAUGCUAAGCUGUAUGGCACAUCCGUCUGGACGGCGAAGGAGAGUUCUUACUACCAGCACAUCACCAUCAACCUGCUCGCGCGCAAGGAGUUGCACGCCGUCGCCACCAGGGGGCGCUUCGCCACCGACGAAUACGUCACCGAAUACAUGAUACAGUACUCCGAUGAUGGCGAGAGUUGGCGGGAGAUGACCAAGUCUGAUGGUUACACGCAGAUGUUCGAAGGUAACCACGAUGGUAACACGGUGGUCAAAAACGAGUUCGAAGUGCCCAUCAUAGCGCAGUACAUCCGCAUCAACCCAAUGCGCUGGAGAGACAAGAUCUCCAUGAGAGUCGAAGUCUAUGGGUGUGACUAUGUUGCAGACACGCUAUACUUCAACGGUUCGUCGCUGGUCAAGGUGGACCUGCUCCGAGAUCCGAUAUCCGCCACGCGAGAAACGGUCAAAUUCAGAUUCAAGACGAGCGUCGCUUCCGGGGCUCUGAUGUACUCGCGCGGCACACAAGGGGACUACAUUGCGCUGCAGCUGAGGGAGAAUCGACUCUUGCUCAAUAUUGACCUUGGUUCGGGCACCUCUACAUCUCUCUCUGUGGGCAGUUUGCUGGACGACAACAUCUGGCACGACGUGAUGCUCUCCAGGAACAGACGCGACAUCAUGCUCACGGUGGACCGAGUGGUGGUUCGCGGGAGAAUUAAGGGCGAAUUCUCCAGACUCAAUUUGAAUAGAGCGUUAUACAUUGGUGGAGUCCCCAAUUCCCAAGAGGGUCUAGUAGUGACGCAGAACUUCACAGGCUGUAUCGAGAACAUGUACCUCAAUAACACGAAAGUUAUAGAAGAACUCAAACAAGGAUAUGAGACUGAAGAGGCGUUCAAGUUUCAGAAAGUUAACACCCUUUAUACUUGUCCAGAGCCGCCAGUUGUGCCGGUGACGUUCCUCAAGGAGGGCUCGUAUGCCAAGCUGCGCGGCUACUCCGGCGCCAGCACACUCAACAUCUCGCUGGAAUUCCGCACCUAUGAGCUACAUGGUUUGCUCAUCUACCAUAAGUUCAAGAGUGAAGGAUACGUCAAGGUGUUCCUGGAAGAAGGCAAAGUGAAGGUGGAACUGUACAACGAGGGUUCCUCUAAGGCGAAACUGGACAACUACGCGGAACAGUUCAAUGAUGGGCGCUGGCAUUCGCUGAUGCUGACCAUGGCGCCUGACAGCCUCGUGCUGUCCGUGGACUACCGCCCCGUACAGACCACCAAACGGCUCAAAUUCUUCACAGGGUCAACUUUCUACAUCGCCGGUGGGAAAGCCCCUCCCCGCGGCUUCAUCGGCUGCAUGCGCAAGAUCGCGGUGGACGGCAACUACCGCCUGCCCACUGACUGGAAGAAGGAGGAGUACUGCUGCCCCAACGAGGUCGUCUUCGAUGCCUGCCACAUGAUUGACAGAUGCAACCCCAACCCGUGCGAGCACGGCGGCGCGUGCACGCAGACGGCGGAGGAGUUCAGCUGCGACUGCGCCGCCACGGGCUACGCGGGCGCCGUGUGCCACACCUCGGUGCAUCCGGUGUCGUGCGCGGCGUACCAGCAGGCGGGCGGCGCGGGGGGCGUGGCGCAGCAGUCCUCCGCGCACCUCAUGCUGGACGUGGACGGCUCCGGGCCGCUGCCGCCCUUCCCUGCCACCUGCCAGUUCUAUUCGGACGGGCGCAUCCUGACGUCCGUCCAGCACUCGGCGGUGCAGAGCUCGCAGGUGGACGGCUACCAGGAGCCGGGCAGCUUCCGGCAGGAUAUCGCGUACGACGCGUCGCGCGCGCAGCUCGAGGCGCUGCUGAACCGCAGCCACGCGUGCAGCCAGCGCCUCGAGUACAUGUGCCGGCACUCGCGGCUGCUCAACUCACCAAGUGACGAGACGAACUUCCACCCAUUCGCAUGGUGGGUGUCGCGCAGCGGGCAGCGCAUGGACUACUGGGCGGGCGCCACGCCCGGCAGCAGGAUGUGCCAGUGCGGCGUGCUGGGCUCCUGCGUCGACCCCACCAAGUGGUGCAACUGUGACGCCGAGCAUACCCCGCUGUCUACCGACGAGUUCCAAAUCGAUGGUGGCGAUAUAACGGAGAAGGAGUUCUUGCCAGUCAAACAGCUACGUUUCGGAGACACGGGAAGUCAUCUAGAUGAGAAACAGGGACGGUAUUCUCUUGGACCGCUGUUGUGUGAGGGCGAUGAUCUAUUCAGUAACGCGGUGACGUUCCGUAUCGCGGACGCCAUCAUCACGCUGCCGACCUUCGACCUGAGCCACAGUGGUGACAUCUACUUCGAGUUCCGCACCACUAAGGAGAACGCCGUUUUGUUGCAUUCUAAGGGACCGCAAGACUACAUCAAGCUCUCCAUCAUCGGGGGCGAUCAGCUGCAGUUCCAGUUUCAAGUGGGAGACACUCCGCUGGGAGUGUCGGUGGAGACCAGCAACCGACUCGCAGACAACAAGUGGCACUCCGUGUCCAUUGAGAGGAAUAGGAAAGAAGCUCGCGUGGUAGUGGACGGGGCUCUGAAGAACGAGAUCCGCACCGCCAAGGACCCCGUGCGGGCGCUGCACCUCACCACGGCGUUGGUGCUGGGCGCGUCGCUGGACCGCAAGGACGGCUUCGUGGGCUGCAUGCGCGCGCUGCUGCUCAACGGCAGCCCGGUCGACCUGCGCUACCACGCCAGACGAGGAGUGUACGGCGUGUCGGAGGGCUGCGUGGGCAAGUGCGAGUCGUCGCCGUGCCUCAACAACGGCACGUGUCUGGAGGGCUACGACUCGUACGGCUGCGACUGUCGCUGGACCGCCUUCAAGGGGCCCAUCUGUGCCGACGAGAUCGGUGUGAACUUACGUCCAAACUCGAUGGUAAAGUACGAUUUCCUCGGCUCCUGGCGCUCCACCAUCAACGAGAAGAUCCGCGUCGGCUUCACCACCACCAACCCCAAGGGUUUCCUGCUGGGAUUCUACUCCAACAUAUCUUCCGAAUACCUUACGAUUAUGGUCUCUAAUUCUGGAAGCCUACGAGUAGUGUUCGACUUCGGGUUCGAGCGGCAGGAGAUCGUGUUCCAAGGGAAGCACUUCGGGCUGGGCCAGUACCACGACGUGCGCCUGUCCAGGAAGGACGGCGGCGCCACCAUGGUGUUACAAGUGGACAACUACGAGACGCAAGAGUACCACUUCAACAUCCGCGAGUCCGCCGACGCGCAGUUCAACAACAUCCAGUACAUGUACAUCGGCCGCAACGAGACCAUGAACUCCGGCUUCGUCGGCUGCGUCAGCCGCGUCGAGUUCGACGACAUCUACCCGCUCAAGCUGCUGUUCCAGCAGGACCCGCCGCCCAACGUCAGGGCCAUUGGAGGUUCCUUGCACGAGGACUUCUGCGGCGUGGAGCCGGUGACGCACCCCCCGGAGCCGGUGGAGACGCGCCCGCCGCCGCCUGCAGACCUCGGCGACGAGCUGGACUUCCACCGCACCGACGAAGCCAUCCUCGGCACGGUGCUGGCGUGCAUCUUCCUGCUGCUGAUCGUGCUGGCCGUCGUGCUGGUGCGCGCGCUCUCGCGGCACAAGGGAGAGUAUCUUACGCAGGAGGAGCGCGGCGCGGACGGCGCCCCGGACCCGGACGCGGCGGCGCUGGCCGCAGCCACCGGCCCGCGCGUCACCAAGCGCCGCGAGUUCUUCAUCUAGCCGCCAGGCGACACCCACUCCACCACCCACGCGCACUGCACCUGCAUGCCUUCACGGUGUAACGUUAUUGCGUCUACUGACAAUUUACGUUCGUAAAAAAAAACAUACAUACAGCCGAACGUAGAACCUAUUUUUGGAAAUCGGUUAAAAACUAGCAGACGCCAGCGAUUCCGUGGGCGUUAACAAAAAGCAUUAAACAAAAAAUCUUUAUAUGGCUUUAAAACGCCAUAAACCAACGCCACUACGCGAAGAUCACUUACAAUCUGUCAGAGUGUGAGUUACAAGCAUGUUGCCAUGAUAAAAAUUCUUAAAUAAUGUUGUCAGCUAAUGAAAAAAAUUUUUUUUUUAUUCUGGGUUUUAGCCCUAUAUUUUAUGUUCUUUUAGACAGAUAGGCUGGCAUUUAUAAUAUUAACUAUGGUUUAAUUUUACAUGAUGCUAUAUUAAGUAUCAAAAUAAAUCUAUUGAAUCUACUGACUUCCAAAGAAAAUCGGCCACCACCAGUAGGUCUAAUACGAGAUGUAGCUCUCUUUCGUUACGAUAGCACGAUAGAUACGAUAUUUUUGUUUCAUAGCAAUGAAACAAAAAUAGCAAUAUUAAGACAAAAUUAUCGGCGCCCAUCUCAGACCUACAGAUGUGACUCAAAACCUUACUUGUCAAUAAAAAAACAUAUUUUUUAAUUCAGCAGACGCAAUAAUGAUAUUAUGUAGUUAUUUAAUGGUAAUAAUAAAUAUAGAACACACAGUUUAUCAAUAACUACCUCCUAAUCUUCCUAAACACAUUAACUUACACUCCAGCAACACAAUUACAUAUAAAAAUAUACAAACACAGUAAGUCCAUUUAGUUAUGUAUCAAUACAAAAAGACGAUUAACAUUUUCUUUAAAAAGGACUUUUUACUUUACAUAAAAAUAUCGAUAGUUUUGAUCUGAAAUGUUACAUCUCUGUCAGCCAAUCUAUAGUGAAGUGAACGUGAAAACAAUAGCAAAGUUAUCGAUGUCUGGUAAUGUUAAGUAAUGAGCUAUGAAAUCAAUUUUUAUUUUGACUUAAAACGCCUUUUCUCCAAUUGUCUCAUUUUAAGCUCGUUCUUUAUAUUUUCAAACUAUACUCGAGAGGCACAACUAUUUGUCGACUUUAAUAUGACGCGAGUAUAUUAAAGUGGGCGGAUAAUUGUGUCUCUGAGUAUAUAAUCGCUCUAAAGUUCUCUCCCAUGAGGUGCCAUUUGGCUACUUUUGUAAUCUUUCUAUUAGUCUAUCAACAUCAUGGUAUCAUCUAUAAGAAUAAUUACCUAUUACUAGAAUCCAUUAUGACUACCAGUAUGUUAAUCAAAUCAAUUAAGACUUAUUUUCGAGAGAUCUGCAUUUUUCGUCCAAAGUGACAAUUUUAGUUGUAAGUUAAGUAAAAAGAUACGCACGAAAAAGCACACGCAAAAGAUUGGUUGUUUAAAAAAUAUGUAAAAAAAGGCAUAUUUUUAUACAGAACUAUAUGUGUGAAAUAUUAAACAAUACGAAUUCACCUUUGGUAAAUUUGUUAAUAAACCUGUAUUUGAUAAAUUAACUUUUUUUACUAUAACUAUUUUAUUAAUAUUUGCAUAUUAUAAGUAUUUAUGAAAACAUCGAUAUUUUAAUUAUGCAUGUAGGUACAUCACUUUUUCCAAUCGAUUGACAUGUAAUAGAGAGGCGGGUUAAUUUCUCGAUAAAAUGGUCGAUGUUAUAAUAUGAAAAUAUAAAUAAAAUAAAAUGAAAAUAUUCCAAGAUUGGGAAUUAACCAAAAAGCAGGCAACUGAAUAAAUGUUAAAAUAUUUUAACUUUUAGUUUAUGUAACCAGUAUGUUUCCAAGCAGCUUAUUAAACUCUUUUAGUUGGAUUUUUAUUUUUUUUAAACAAAUCCACCAAUAUAAUGUAAUAAUUCAUACAAAUUAGUUUUAAGAUACUUGAUAUUAUAGCUUAGGGCUUUAAUUGUAUUAUUUUGUAUUUAAUCUGAAAAACUUAAUUUUGUAUUAUUAUUUUUAGGAUUUUUUUUGAGCUUUUUUGAUUUAUCCGUCCAAAUGUGUAAAUGUCCAAAACAGUACUUUUUUUGUUUACGAUACUUAAUGAAUUUGUAUUAUUUUGUGUUUAUUUGUAUAAUUUCGUAUACAUGUGUAUAAUUAGUUUAGUAUGGUGUUUAUUUAAAUGACAUUAUAAUGACAUGUAGUUAAGUAGGGCCGUUUAUUGAAACACGAGAAUAGUUUGGGUCUUGUGACUAACUUCUCUACGGUUUUGUAUACAUUAUGUAUUAAAAUUUUUGGAUUCACAAAAUGUUUUUUAGUCUGUGGCAUUUAUUUUAUUACUGAUGAAAUCAAAUAAAUGCCACAGACAAACAAUGAUGACUUUUUGUAGCACAAUUGAUUGGAAAAAACCAAAGUCUUCUGUCACAUUAAAUUAAAAAUGCAAUCCAUUAUUAUUUGUAAAUAUUUUUAUUCGGCACCUCAAUACAUUUACAUACUCUGGUUAUGUGUAUUUGAACGGAUAGAUGUGCAUUGCACUGAAAAGUGAAUGACAUAGACAAUACACGUGCACAAUGUAUGUAUGUAAUGAAAUAUCAUGUAAAAACUUACCUAGAAUUAAUCACCAAAUACAAUUAUCAGUAUUGUCAUAUUUUGUCACAGGACCCAAUCCGCGCAACCAAAUAAAAUAUAAGUCUCUAUCAUAUAAUCUUAAAACUAUUGUAAUUAAAAAAAAACAACCUUAAUUAGUAAUUAACUAAGUUCAAAAUCGUCUGAUAAAUUUUCUUUGUUCAUACCUUUGAUCAGAGGGCCUAGUGGCAGUUCGAUACUGUGACGACCGCGUUGACGUACACGCUAGUUUCUAAGGAAUUGAAGCAGCGCCAUCUAGUGGCAAUAUUGCACAACUGUUUCAAUUCCAUAUAAAUUCGCGUUUACGUUAACGUGAUAGUAUAACAGUAGUGAAUUGUCAAAUCGACAAAUCAACUUACCGACUGUCUAUGUAUAAUUAAAAUUAUACAGUCAAUAUGUUUUAUUGGUUCUGCAUAUCUUUAGUUAGAUUAUAUUAAAUGAAAAUAAUGUUUCAUUACACUAUAUAUUUUACUUAUUUCACCUUUGUUGUGUGUUAUUAAAAACAGUGAUAAUGAAGUAAACCUUAUAAGUAACUUAAAUUACAAAGUUCAAAAUGCUGUGGGAGAUAACAUUGGUUCCAUACGUUAGCAUAAAUAAUAUGAACUUUAUUAUACAGGAUCAAGGUUCAAAAUUGCAAGCUAUAUUUUAUUGGUUGCCGCGGCGGUCAGUAGUGUACGAGUACGAGUAAGCUAGGUUUCGUGCCUUAAUUGCGACGGCACAUCCACGUAGCGCGUUGAGAUGUAGAGUUUUUAUUUUAUUACUACUGAAAAUCACGAAAUAAAUUUUCCAAAAUAUA